AUGAAGUCCCCUUGUCCACAUCCGUCUGCGUCCCUCGAUAGCAGCGGAAGCAGCGGGGAGGGGGGAACGACGAGCGUGAGUUUAGGAAGCAGUGGUGGACGUGACGCGUUACCGGUCGACACGUCAGCCGCCGAGGAAACAGCGCCAGAUGCGGAGAGGGAGCUUUCAGCCGCCACCGCCGCGAUGACAGGCAAAGGCGCUUCGGACGCAGCAGCAGCAGCAGGCGAAGAGGCGAAACACGCAGCAGGAAACGAGCCGAGUAGCACCGAGAAAGCAGCAGCGAGUGCUAGUAGCAGCACCGGUGCUGCUACUAACGAGGAUAAAGGCAUCCACGUGUUCGUAUCGACGGACGAGACGGACCUCCGGCCGAUCGCCGUGGUGAUCAACUCGACGCUUGUGAACGCGCGCGAGCCGUGGCGCGUGGAUUUCCAUCUGGUGGUCCCAGAGAAAAACGUUGCCGCGAUGCGGAAGAAACUGCUGCCGCUCUUCCCGUCCACGCGCAUCGAGAUCGUGAGCAUCAGCCCCUCGCUCGCCAACGGCACUGCCACUGCUGCUGCACCCGCUGCUGCUACAGCCGCCGCUGCUACAGCCGCCGCUGGGGCAGGGGCAGGGGCAGGAGUAGCAGCGGCAGCAGAGGGAGCAGGAGGGGCGAUGCGGAUGGGGUGGUGGGAGAAGCUCGGCGCGCUUAUCACGUACAAGGAGGGCAGCGGCGCGCGCAAGGAGCUCGUCUCCAUCUUCAACUUCCUGCCGUUCUACCUCCCCCAGAUGGCGCCGCAAUUCCGGAGGAUUGUCUACUUGGACGCGGAUAUUGUCGUGGUGGGCGACAUUGGCGAGCUGGCUGACGUGGACAUGGAGGGUCGGCCAGUGGCGGCAGUGCAGGACUGCAUGCAGACCUUCAAGACCUACUUUGACUUUGACCAGCUGGCAGCGAUUCAGGCUCGGAAAGACCCUUCCAAGCCAUGGAUGCCCUCGGGGCCCUUCAAUAAGACCACAUGCGUUUUCAACCGUGGAGUGCUGCUCAUGGAUGUGCAGCGCUGGUUACAAAGUAACAUCUCUGGUGCAAUCGAGUGGUGGAUGUCUGAGUUCAGUCGUGCACCCAAUCCCCUUUAUAAGUUCGGCAUGUCGCAGCCGCCGUUCCUGUUGACGAUUUACGAUCGGUAUAAGAAGCUGGACCGGAUAUGGAACACCCGAGGCUUGGGAAGGGACAGGUUCGGCGAGAAGGAACGGGACUACCUAGCCACGAUUGGACUCGGGCGGCCGCCGAAGCGGCCGUUUGUCAGUUUCUGGGCAGAUUCAGCCAAAAUUUUACAUUUCAACGGGAAAUUCAAACCGUGGAGAGGGAAGAGGGAGAGGAGGGAAGGGGAGGAGGUGAAGUCAGUGUGUGGAGAGAAGAGGUUUGACUGUGCGAGGCUGUGGUGGCAGUACUUAUCUCCCGAAGCUGAGGCGGAGCUUCGGAGGAAAGGCAAGGGGAAGAAAGUGAGCACUGCGACACAUGCUGUGCAAGAUGCGUAG